CUUUCGUGUUUCAGACCAAGAGAACACAUAGAGAGGGAGAGCAGAAAGAUAUAGCGCAGGGAAAGAAGCGAAGAGGAGAAGAGAAGAGACGGGAGAGAAAGAGGAGAGAGAGGGAGAUAAGAUUUUUCAGAGCUGUUGUUUUCUCGCCGUUUCUCGAUCUAUUUUCUCGAGAAAAUCCGUUUGUACGCUGUCCGAUUCGAAGCGUCCAAGGUUCGUUCCUGGAUCCGCCGUUCCGCCCCGCGGAUUUUCUUGGGUUUCUGGUUGGAGCGAAGAUUGAUCGAGUUGAAGGAAUUGCAGCAUGAGCAUCGAUAGCCCCGGGAAAGGGGAGAAUUAGGGUUUCGCAAAUUUGGGCUUUGGUUGGAUUUCCAUGGGCGAUGGAGGCGUCGCAUGCAUGCCUUUGCAGCAUAUUAUGGAAAGGCUUUCAAUUCCGGAGGCUUGUUGCGGGGGCAACAACGGCAAUGGGUUUAAUUCGAACUCGCUUAAAUUGGGAGAUUCAGAGCCAAAGAAGAUGAAGAAGGUUAAGAAAGUGAUAAAGAAAGUGGUAAGGAAAGAGGUAAAGAAAGUGCAAGUUGCGAAAGAGGGGGUGAAAAAAGAGGAGUUGGAGAAAGCUGAGUUUGGAAAGAGCACUGAGGAAAUUGAGAACGGAGAAAUUUGUAACGAUAAGAUAGUAAAAGAGGAAGUAGAAGAAGGUGAAUUGGGUACUUUGAAGUGGCCCAAAGGGGAAGUGGAGAAUGGGGAAUUCGAGCCAGAAAAACCUCGGAGAAGUGAUAGUGAGAAGGGAGAGAUUGUUGCUGAGAAAUCGAGGAAAGGGGAAGUAGAGAAGGGAGAAUUUGUUUCAGGAAAAUGGCGAAAGGGUGAUAUAGAGAAGGGGGAGUUAGUUCUUGAGAGAUUUAGAAAAGGAGACGGUGAGAAGGCUGAUUUUGGAUCAUGGAGAGGAUCAAAAGAUGAACUGGAGAAGGGAGAGUUUAUACCGGACAGAUGGCAGAGAGAUGUGGGGAGGGAUGGAUAUGGUUGCCCAAAAAUGCGGAGGCAUGAGCUGGCUAAAGACAAGGGUUGGAAAUUUGAAUAUGAUCAUGAACGCGAGAGGACACCUCCUUCUGGUAAGUAUUCUGGUGAUGAUGUUUCUCAGAGGAAAGAAUUUAGCAGAAGCGGGAGUCAGUUUGCAAAACGGUCCUCAAGGUGGGAAGCUGGCCAAGAAAGGAAUGUAAGGAUCAGUUCAAAAAUUGUAGAUGAUGAAGGUACGUAUAAAACUGAACAUAACAGUUCUAAGAACCAUGGAAGGGAAUUGGUGUCUAGGACUCGCAUGAAGCGGUAUGGUACUGAUUCAGAUGGCAGUGAGCGUAAACAUCAUGGUGAAUAUGGUGAUCAUAUGGGUUCUAAAAUACGUAAGCUUUCUGAUGACAGCAACCGCACUGUCCACUUGGAACACUAUUCACGCCGAUCAAUGGAGAGGUCUUAUAGAAAUUCUUCUUCAUCAAGAAUUUCUUCCUCUGACAGGUUUUCUUCCAGGCAUUAUGAAUCUUCUUUCUCAUCAAAGGUAGUCCAUGACAGGCAUGGACGUAGCCCUGUUCAUUCUGAGCGGUCCCCACGUGACCGGGCAAGAUAUCAUGAUCAUCGGGACCGGAGUCCGCCCUAUCGGAGUUCCCCCCGACGUGAUAGGUCCCCAUAUGAUAGGAGUCGCCACUAUGAUCAUAGAAACCGUAGCCCUGCUCCUACAGAGCGGUCGCCACAAGAUCGACCUCGAUAUCAUGAACGUAGGGAUCGGACCCCAACCUACCUGGAGCGGUCCCCACUUGAUCGCAGUAGGCCAAAUAAUUACAGGGAAGCAAGUUGCAAGGGUGGGGCAGGUGAAAAGCGGCAUGGGCAAUAUGGAAACAAAGUGCAAGAAGAGAAGCUCAACCAAAGGGAUGCUAGUGGCAGGGAUCCGCAUUUCUCAGCUAAGGAAUCUCAAGAUAGAAGCUCUCUGCAUACUGUUAAUGGUCAUGGAUCAGAUGAGAAAAGUGCCAACCAUCAGCCUCACAAGGAAGAGAAGCCUCAAAGUCCAUGUGUGAAUUUAGAAGAACCUCCACAGAUCACUGUUGCUCCUGAAGAGUUGGCUUCUAUGGAAGAAGAUAUGGAUAUAUGUGAUACACCACCACAUGUCCCAUUGGUGGCUGAUUCAACCACCGGGAAAUGGUUUUACCUUGAUCAUUUUGGUAUGGAACGGGGUCCUUCUAAAUUAUGUGACCUCAAGAAACUCGUGGAAGAAGGAGUUCUGGUUUCUGAUCACCUGAUCAAACAUGUAGAUAGUGACAGAUGGCUAACUAUUGAAAAUGCAGCUUCUCCGUUAGUGCCUGUGAAUUUCCCAUCCAUUGUUUCGGACACUGUAACUCAACUGGUGAGUCCUCCAGAGGCUCCUGGUAAUCUAUUGGCAGAGGCUGGAGAUGCCACAGAGUCCAGCAAACUGCUGGAUGAGGAAACACCUGCCACUUUGCUGCAAUCAAUGUCUUGCAACAAUGACAGUUCCACUGCAUCUGAGCCAUUAGAAGAUCUCCAGAUUGAUGAAAGGGUUAGAGCUUUGUUAAAGGGUUUUACCGUCAUUCCUGGCAGGGAGCUGGAGACUCUGGGGGAAGUUUUGCAGGUGUCGUUUGAGCAUGCACAGUGGGAGAAAUUGGGAGCUGAAGGCUUAUCCUGGCAUCGACCUCGCAUUGGGGAACAGUUUGAUCAAAGAACAGACGAAUUUUCCAGAUACCCAGAAAUCACAUCAAAAGAAGCUUCAGAUUCUAGGUCAAGCACAUCCUCUGACAAGGAUUAUGCCUUUGCCUUUGGUGAUUUUAGUGACUGGUUUUCUGCACGAUGGGCAUCCAAGGGUGGGGACUGGAAGAGAAAUGAUGAAUCUGCCCAAGAUAGAUUGUCGAGAAAGAAACUUGUAUUAAAUGAUGGUUACCCACUGUGCCAGAUGCCAAAAUCUGGGUAUGAGGACCCUCGGUGGCAUCGGAAAGAUGAGUUGUACUAUCCUUCACACGGUAGAAAGCUUGACCUCCCAAUUUGGGCUUUUUCCUGGCCAGAUGAGAGGAGUGAUUGCAAUAGUGCAAGCAGAGCAAGUCAAAUUAAGCCUGUUGUCAGGGGAGUGAAAGGAAGCAUGCUACCAGUAGUUAGGAUAAAUGCAUGCGUUUCUGAGCCCCCUGCUAAAGUGCGAGGGAAGGAUAGGUACUCUUCGAGGUCUGCUCGGGCUUACUCUUCAACAACUGAUGUCAAGAGAUCAUCUGCAGAAAGUGCUUCUCAUUCAAAAAGUGUUAGUGAAAAUGAUUCUCAGGGUUCUUGGAAGUGCAUCACAUCCAUUAACACUCCAAAAGACCGUCUUUGCACAGCGGAGGACUUACAAUUACAUUUGGGUGACUGGUAUUAUCUUGAUGGUGCUGGACAUGAGCAAGGGCCCUCAUCAUUUUCAGAGCUCCAGGCUUUAGUUGAUCAAGGUUCAAUCCAGAAGCAUAGCAGUGUUUUUAGGAAAAAUGAUAAAAUUUGGGUUCCAAUUACCUCUGCUGCAGAUGUUCCUGAUGCUGCUGUUAAAAUCCAACCACAGAAUAAUGUAACUUCUACUGAUUGUUCUGGACCUUCUCUUGCGCAGUCACUGGCUGGUGCAAUUGGUGGAAACAACACAAUUUCCAGAUCAUUGCACAGCUUACAUCCGCAAUUCAUUGGUUAUACCUGUGGGAAGCUGCAUGAAUUGGUUAUGAAAUCAUACAAGAGCCGUGAGUUUGCUGCUGCUAUAAAUGAGGUUUUGGAUCCAUGGAUCAAUUCAAAACAGCCAAAGAAAGAAAUGGCUAAUUCAGCUGUUAGUAACAGUUCUCUUCAUGAUUUGAACAAAUUCCGGACAUCAGGAAUAAGAGGUCGAUGGCUGGUUGAUGGAAGUGAAGAUGACUAUGAAAUGGAAGAAGAUGUACUACUAGUUCAAAAGGAUGAAUCCACAUUUGAAGAUUUGUGUAGUGAUGCUACUUUCUACCAAGAAGACAUUGCACUUGCUGAAAUGGGCUCAGAAAAUUGGGGUUUACUGGAUGGUAAUGUGCUGGCACGAGUCUUCCAUUUUCUGAGAACUGAUGUAAAAUCCCUUGCUUUUGCUGCUUUGACUUGUAAACAUUGGAGAGCUGCAGUAAGGUUCUACAAGGGUGUUUCCAGGCAGGUUGAUUUGUCAUCUGUUGGCUCUCUCUGCACUGACUCUACAAUUUGGAGCAUGAUAAAUGGUUACAACAAGGAAAGGAUAACCUCUAUGAUUCUAAUUGGUUGCACAAACAUAACACCAGGCAUGCUUGAAGACGUUCUUGGUUCUUUUCCUUCUUUAUCUUCUAUAGAUAUUAGAGGUUGCAGCCAGUUUUGGGAGUUGGCGGAUAAAUUUUCAAACCUAAACUGGAUCAAGAGCCGAAUCCGUGUAAUGAAGGUCUUUGAGGAGUCAUACUCUAAAAUAAAGGCUCUUAAACAGAUAACUGAAAGACCAUCUGUAUCUAAACCAUUAAAGGGUAUGGGUAGUCAUGUUGAUGAUUCCAGUGAACUGAAAGAGUAUUUUGAUAGUGUGGAUAGGAGAGAAUCAGCUAGCCAAUCAUUCCGUCGUAGCUAUUACAAACGUUCAAAACUGUUUGAUGCCAGAAGGUCCUCAUCAAUCCUGUCUAGAGAUGCCCGAAUGAGGCGUUGGUCCAUCAAGAACUCUGAAAAUGGAUAUAAGAGAAUGGAAGAAUUUCUUGCUUCGAGCCUGAGGGACAUCAUGAAGGAGAAUACCUUUGAUUUCUUUGUGCCCAAGGUUGCAGAAAUUGAAGACAGAAUGAAGAAUGGUUAUUAUGCUGGCCAUGGAUUGAGCUCUGUCAAAGAGGAUAUCAGUCGAAUGUGCAGGGAUGCGAUAAAAGCCAAAAAUCGGGGUGAUUCUGGAAACAUGAAUCGAAUUAUUACAUUAUUUAUCCGACUUGCCACAUGUUUGGAAGAGGGUUCUAAGUCCUCUAAUGGAAGAGAGGAGAUGGUGAGGAGGUGGAAAGAUGAGUCACCUUCAGGGUUAUGCUCUUCUGGGUCCAAGUAUAAGAAGAAGCUCAAUAAAAUAGUGACUGAAAGGAAACACAGGAGCAAUGGUGGUUCUGAUUAUGGAGAGUAUGCAUCUGAUCGAGAAAUCAGAAGACGUUUAUCCAAAUUGAAUAAAAAGUCUAUGGACUCAGGAAGUGACACAUCUGAUGACCUUGACAGAUCUUCAGAAGGUGGCAGUAAUGGUAGUGAAAGUACUGCUUCAGAUACAGAAAGUGACUUGGAUUUCCGUUCUGAAGGUGGUGUUGCAGAGUCAAGGGUAGAUGGAUACUUCACAGCUGAUGAGGGUUUAUAUUCUAUGACUGAUGACCGGGAAUGGGGUGCUCGCAUGACUAAAGUUAGCCUUGUGCCUCCUGUCACUAGAAAAUAUGAAGUCAUUGAUCAAUAUGUUAUUGUAGCAGAUGAGGAUGAAGUGCAAAGGAAGAUGAAGGUUUCUUUACCUGAGCACUACAAUGAGAAGCUCACUGCACAGAAAAAUGGCACUGAGGAGUCGGAUAUGGAGAUUCCUGAAGUCAAGGACUAUAAGCCUAGAAAACAGCUUGGAGAUGAGGUAAUAGAACAAGAAGUUUAUGGCAUAGAUCCUUAUACUCAUAAUCUUCUUCUUGACUCAAUGCCUGAGGAAUUGGAUUGGCCACUACUUGAGAAGCAUUUGUUUAUUGAAGAAGUGCUCCUUUGUACUCUAAAUAAGCAAGUUAGGCAUUUCACUGGCACUGGAAACACUCCUAUGAUGUACCAUUUGCAGCCUGUUGUUGAAGAUAUCCAAAAAACUGCUGAAGAAGAACUUGAUCUACGAACGUUGAAAAUGUGCCAGGGUAUUCUGAAGGCCAUGAAUAGUCGUCCUGAUGACAAUUAUGUUGCUUACAGAAAGGGCCUUGGUGUGGUUUGCAACAAAGAAGGCGGCUUUAGUCAGGAGGAUUUUGUUGUUGAGUUUUUGGGAGAGGUUUAUCCUGCUUGGAAAUGGUUUGAGAAGCAAGAUGGAAUUCGGUCAUUGCAGAAAAACAGUAAAGAUCCAGCUCCAGAAUUUUACAACAUUUAUCUUGAGAGGCCAAAGGGUGAUGCGGAUGGAUAUGAUUUAGUUGUUGUUGAUGCGAUGCACAAGGCUAACUAUGCAAGCCGAAUUUGUCACUCAUGCAGACCUAAUUGUGAAGCAAAAGUUACUGCUGUAGAAGGUCAGUACCAGAUUGGAAUCUACACUGUACGCCAAAUUCAAUAUGGUGAGGAGAUCACCUUUGAUUAUAACUCAGUCACAGAGAGUAAGGAAGAGUACGAGGCUUCUGUUUGUUUGUGUGGCAGCCAAGUUUGUCGAGGGAGCUAUUUGAAUCUAACAGGUGAAGGGGCAUUUCAAAAGGUACUGAAGGAGUGUCAUGGAAUUCUGGAUCGGUAUCAAUUGAUGUUUGAGGCUUGUGAAUUAAAUAUGGUAUCUGAAGAAGACUACAUAGACUUGGGAAGGGCUGGCUUGGGCAGUUGUUUGCUUGGUGGGUUGCCUGAUUGGCUAAUUGCUUAUGCAGCUCGCCUGGUGAGGUUUAUAAAUUUUGAAAGAACAAAGCUUCCGGAGGAGAUUUUAAGGCAUAGUUUGGAUGAAAAGAGGAAAUACUUUGCAGAUAUCAGUCUUGAGGUUGAAAAAAGUGAUGCUGAGCUUCAGGCUGAAGGUGUUUACAACCAAAGGCUUCAAAAUUUGGCUCUUACUCUGGAUAAGGUGAGGUAUGUCAUGAGAUGUGUUUUUGGUGACCCUAAGAAAGCUCCACCUCCUUUGGAGAGGCUCAGUGCUGAAGAAGUAGUUUCCUUCCUUUGGAAUGGAGAGGGAUCACUAGUUGAGGAACUUCUUCAGUGCAUGGCUCCUCAUAUGGAAGAUGGUAUGUUGAGUGAGCUCAAGCCCAAGAUUCGUGCACAUGAUCCAUCUGGCUCUGAUGACAUUCACAAAGAACUUCAGAAAUCUCUGCUGUGGUUGAGGGAUGAAGUUCGAAACCUUCCAUGUAACUACAAGUGUCGGCAUGAUGCAGCUGCUGACUUGAUCCACAUUUACGCUUAUACCAAGUGCUUCUUUAGAGUACGGGAAUACAAAUCUGUAACUUCUCCACCAGUUUAUAUUAGCCCUCUUGAUCUUGGCCCCAAGUACAGUGAUAAACUAGGGUCAGGUAUCCAGGAGUAUUGCAAAACAUAUGGUGAGAACUAUUGUUUAGGACAGCUGAUUUAUUGGCAUAACCAGACUAAUGCUGAUCCAGAUUGUAACCUAGCCCGAGCGAGUAGGGGUUGUUUGUCAUUACCUGACAUUGGUUCGUUCUAUGCCAAGGUUCAGAAGCCAUCACGACAGCGUGUUUAUGGCCCAAGAACUCUCAGAUUUAUGCUGGCAAGGAUGGAAAAACAGCCUCAGAGGCAGUGGCCCAAGGAUCGGAUAUGGUCAUUCGAGAGUUGUCCAAAAAUUUUUGGCAGUCCGAUGCUGGAUGCCGUGUUGCAUAAUUCUCCAUUGGACAGAGAGAUGCUGCAUUGGCUGAAGAAUAGACCCGCCACAUUCCAGGCCAUGUGGGAUAGAUGAACGAACCAUUGUAGGUGUUGAUGAGAAAGCGACAAUGGGAUUCUUAACCAGUCCUUGGUUUAUGAUUUGGAAUGACUUGUCAUGGCUUCAAGGCUGCCACACAUUUGGCCCAAGAAGAGAGAGAAACAGAGCUUGCCAUCUCUCGCUCGGUGAUACGGACGAACUUUUUGCAGGGGGCUUGGGUAAAGAAGCAAUAUUUUGGAAUGAUCCCUCGGGUAUUAUUAGUUCACAGCUGCCCCUUUUAACGUGGGAGUUGGUAGUCAUUUCCAAGAAUAGUCCAUAGGGUUCCUUGCGCUGCUUUAUCCUCAAUUCUUGUGUACAGUUUUUGCUUAUUCAUCUUUGUAAUUUGUAUUCAUUAUUAUUAGGGCAUUUUUCUGGUUCUUUAAUUUAAGUAGAAAAAAAGGAAAGAUGAAAGCAAAGAAAAAGGUAUUUGAUGUC